AUGCCUAGAAAACCGCGUUCUUCGGAUGAUGAAGAUUAUGAUCCCGAGGCUGAUGAUGUUGACUCAUUGGAUGUUUACGUUGAUGACUUAUAUGCUGAAGAAGAAGCUGUACCCCGUAACAAGUCCAAUGGUCACAAGGAUACAGAUUAUUGGAGUGUUGUUGUAAGCGAUAAAGUUUCUAUCUUUAAUGAUGGCGUCACAAGAACGAUGAGUUUGAGCGUCAAGGAGGCUGUAGUACUUCUUCCUAGCAAACAAAUCAUUCUGGAGUUUAAUGAAGAGUUACAACCGAUCGGUCAGGUAGCUAUAUUAUUGAGUGGGUUUCUAGGGAGUCUGGGUGCUGACUUUCAACAUUUUUCCAUCAAUGAAGAGAGUUGGAAGACAAUGGACAAUGCUUUAAAGGAACAUGCAUAUGACACAAUUAAGAAAAUAUUUCGGUAUGAGGAGGAUGACAACAGAAAAAAUGCGGGUAAUGAUUCAGAGGCUAGGAAAAAUCUUGAAGGAAGUAAGAAACCACUUAAAAGGUGUAGACAAAAUGCUCUAAAUCGGUCGAAACAACUAUAUACACAUACUGGAGGCUCUAAGACAACGGCAAGGCUAAAGGAUGAAGAGGAAGCAAUUGCGAGUAUUGAGAGCAAAGGUGGAACCUUAAAGGAGAUUUCUGUUACUGAUUCGCUUGCGCAAGUCCUUGGAAAGGAGCAUUCAGGACGAGUUCGGGGGUUAGGUUUUGGAUCAUGUCCAACCGAAAUUAUUCGUAAGACCACACAAUCAAAUUCUGGAGUGCAAAUUGAGGAGUAUCAGAGAGAGAUUACAAAAUUGAAGGCAGUGGUAGCAAAACAAAAGGCGGAGAUUACAAAAUUGAAGGCAGCGGCAGUAGAACACAAGGCAAAGAUACAGACCAUAGAGAACCUGUUUAACAACGGUUAUUCCGACGGUCAUAAAAAACCGCCACUAAAAGUUUACCAGCGCCCUUACUAUCAUCGGUCGACCAACCUUUGCAGAAUAUUUAGCGGCGGUCAGAAAACCGCCGCCAUCCGAAGUUCCAACCGCCGCCAUCUAACGCGUUUGUUGUAG